ACCCUCAUUUAUACUCUGCUGUUGUUUCUCACAUGAUACAUGGUCCUUGUGGCAUUUUAAAUCCAACAAAUGUAUGCAUGAAUAGAAAUAAACAAUGUAGAAGCCAUUUCCCAAAGGAUUAUACCCCAGAGACGUUCUUAGGCGAAUUUUCAUACCCAAAGUAUAGACGUUUAAAUAAUGGGAGGAAAGUGAAAGUUAGAGGACAAUGGUUAGAUAACAGAUGGAUUGUACCUUACAAUCCAUAUCUCUUGGCUAAAUUUAAUUGCCAUAUAAAUGUAGAGAUUUGUUCAACCAUCAAAGCUGUGAAAUAUUUGUAUAAAUAUGUAUACAAGGGACAUGAUAGAAUUGGUUUCUCAGUACAUUCUGAAGAACAUGUGGUUGAUGAGAUUAAAAAUUUUCAAACAGCUAGAUGGAUUUCUCCUCUUGAAGCAUUAUGGAGAAUUUUUGGUUUCAUUCUUUCAAAAAUAAAUUCUCCAGUUGUUACUCUUCAAUUACACCUCGAAAAUAAUAAUUUCGUUACAUACAAAAGUUCUGACAAUCUUGAGAAAAUUGUAAGUACCGACUUUUUCAAAAAAACUAUGUUAACGGAAUUUUUCCCCAUGAAUCUUGUUGACAAAAAAGCUACAACUCUUUUAUAUAAACAAUUUCCAGAAUUUUUUGUUUGGGACUCACAUCGUAAAUGUUGGAGUCCUAGAAAACAAGGUGUUUGUAUCGAUAGAGUAGUUGCAGCAAGUCCAAGUGAAGGGGAAAGAUAUUACUUGCGUCUUUUGUUAAAUCAUAUUAGAGGCGCAACGUCAUAUCGAGCUUUAAAAAUUGUAAAUGGUGUUGAAACAUCGUCUAUUCGAGAAGCGGCACUUUUACAUGGUUUACUUAAUGGAGACACUAAUUGUGAUUUAUGUUCGCAGGAAGCUUUAGAGUAUCAAAUGCCUACUCCAUUUCAUCGUCUUUUUACAACAAUUCUAACUCUAUGUGCUCCGAAUGAUCCAAAAAAUCUAUGGAACAAAUUCAAAAUUUUUAUGAUUGAGGAUUUCAUACGUGCUGGAAAUUGUUUCCAAACAACGUUAAGAAAAUGGAUCACACUGACAAUAUUUUUGGUAAACAUCAAGACAAAUAUGAUCAUGAGAUGGUUUAUGUAUGCUUAAACUUGAAUUCAACAAAGAUGAUUGGUUGCGAUGAAACAGAAGAAGAUCAAUUCUUUGACAGCCAUGAUGAGAUCACUUCUAUGUCCAAUGUGGACACUAAUACAAAUUCUGCAAGUAAUACGCACAUGCUUUAAUUGUAUAUGUAAGUUAUCCCCCAAUUGAGGUUAGAUAUAAUUUUUUUGUUUGACUAAAUAAGGCACAACCAUCAAAUAGUAUACACAAUGGAACAACCUGUGCUAAUAAUCGUCGAUGGUGAACUGACAUUGUGGAUGUCGUGUGAUAACAUGUGCUUAAAUUAUUGAUAGCAAACUGGAUAUUCUUGUACUUUCAUGGUUAGGCUGCUAUAUGCUUUAAUGGAUUUAAGACUUAUGGGCCCUGAAAUUCGCUCUCCUGAACUUUGAAUGGAGUUUUUUUACACGUGGAUAAGAUAUAAUUACCAAGGCCAGUUUACAAAUUUGCAACUGUAAUGUCUAUAGA